AUGUGUAGUGUCACCAGUUGCUGUGCCAGUAGGUUACCAAGAGACCUGAAGCCAGAGAAUAUCCUAUUGGAUAGUGGAGGUCAUGUGGUUCUGACGGAUUUCGGGCUGUGUAAAGAGGGUGUGUCUGUGGGUGGGACUAUGCAAACGUUCUGUGGAACCCCUGAGUAUCUGGCGCCAGAGGUGUUGUUAGGCCACACCUACAGUGGAGCCGUGGACUGGUGGGAGCUGGGGAAUGUACUUUAUGAGAUGCUUCAUGGACUGUCCCCGUUCUACAGUCGCAGUAAGGCCGAGAUGUAUGAGAACAUCCUUCACGCCCCCCUGCAGCUCCAUAUAAGUGUGUCCCAGUCUGCCCGGUCUCUGCUGCAGGACCUGCUGGAGAAAGACUGUACCAAACGCCUAGGGGGGGAACAUGACCUUGCUGAGCUGCAGGGCCACACCUUCUUCUUGUCCAUCAACUGGGAUGACCUGCUAGCCAGGAAAGUCCCUCCCCCAUUCAUUCCCAACCUGUCUGGUCCGUGUGAUGUGCGGUGUUUUGACCCGGAGUUCACGCUUCUUCCAGUCCCCGCCUCCCUCGGUUUGAGUGACAUGUUGGGAGACGUGGCCAAUGGAGCCUUCCCAGGGUUCUCCUAUAUGCCUCCGGCUGAGGUUGUAUGA